AGCCCGUGCAGGCCUUCCGCUUCUUUCUCCUCCCUCCCGGCUCUGAGAGGAAGAGAAAGGCAGCGACGGGACAGGAGUCGGAUUCCAAGAUGGCGGCGGCAGCGGUAGUAACAGCGGAGGGAGCGGGCGAGCCGAGGGGGCGCCUCUGAGGCGGGAAGGAGAGAAAGGGACGCGGCGGCGGAGGAGGAGGAAGAACAAGAGGGGGCCAGCAUGAGAAGCGGGGAGCCCAAGGCCUCCUGAGCGGCGGCGAGGACAGCGACAACAACGAGGAGGAGGAGGCCUUGGGCCUGCUUUGCCUCGGCCUCCAGCCAUGUCGGACACUCGGCGGCGGGUGAAGGUGUACACGCUCAACGAGGAGCGGCAAUGGGACGACCGCGGCACCGGGCACGUCUCCUCCACCUACGUGGAAAGGCUCAAGGGGAUGUCGCUGCUGGUGCGCGCCGAGGCCGACGGUUCACUUUUGUUGGAAUCGAAGAUAAAUCCAAACACUGCAUAUCAGAAACAGCAGGAUACUUUGAUUGUUUGGUCCGAAGCAGAGAAUUAUGAUUUAGCCCUGAGUUUUCAAGAAAAAGCCGGCUGUGAUGAGAUCUGGGAAAAGAUUUGCCAGGUGCAAGGUAAAGACCCUUCUGUGGAAGUCACACAGGAUCUCAUUGAUGAAUCGGAAGAAGAACGCUUUGAGGAAAUGCCUGAAACGAGUCACUUGAUUGACCUCCCGACUUGUGAGCUCAACAGACUCGAAGAGAUUGCAGACCUAGUUACCUCAGUUCUCUCGUCACCCAUCCGUAGAGAAAAGCUAGCCUUGGCUUUGGAAAACGAAGGCUACAUUAAGAAAUUAUUGCAACUUUUUCAGCUUUGUGAAAACGUAGAAAAUACUGAAGGCUUACAUCAUUUGUAUGAAAUUAUUCGAGGAAUUUUGUUCCUCAAUAAAGCAACUCUUUUUGAGGUGAUGUUUUCUGAUGAGUGCAUUAUGGAUGUUGUGGGAUGCCUUGAGUAUGACCCUGCAUUAGCUCAGCCAAAAAGGCACCGGGAAUUCUUGACCAAAACUGCAAAAUUUAAAGAGGUCAUACCCAUAACAGACUCUGAACUUAGGCAAAAGAUUCAUCAGACUUACAGGGUACAGUACAUUCAGGACAUCAUCUUGCCAACACCAUCUGUUUUUGAAGAGAAUUUCCUUUCUACACUCACAUCUUUCAUUUUCUUUAACAAAGUUGAGAUUGUCAGUAUGCUACAGGAAGAUGAAAAGUUUUUAUCUGAGGUUUUUGCACAGCUAACUGACGAAGCUACAGAUGAUGACAAAAGGCGCGAACUGGUUAACUUCUUCAAGGAGUUCUGUGCAUUUUCUCAGACAUUACAACCUCAAAAUAGAGACACUUUUUUCAAAACUUUAGCAAAGUUAGGAAUUCUUCCUGCUCUUGAAAUAGUAAUGGGUAUGGACGAUUUGCAGGUCAGAUCUGCUGCUACCGAUAUAUUUUCUUAUCUGGUAGAGUUCAGUCCAUCUAUGGUCCGGGAAUUUGUAAUGCAAGAAGCCCAGCAGAGUGAUGAUGAUAUCCUCCUCAUAAAUGUAGUCAUUGAGCAAAUGAUCUGUGACACGGACCCUGAGCUCGGGGGCGCCGUUCAGUUAAUGGGGCUCUUGCGUACCCUAAUUGACCCUGAGAACAUGUUGGCCACAGCUAAUGUAAGAAAAUGGAAAGGGAAAACAGAGAAAAGUGAAUUUCUCAAUUUUUUCUACAACCAUUGUAUGCAUGUCCUCACUGCUCCACUUCUCGCCAAUACAACAGAGGACAAAAAUGACAAAGAUGCUGUAGUUGGAAGCAACAAGAGUAAUACCAUUUGCCCAGACAACUACCAAACAGCACAGCUGCUUGCCUUAAUUUUGGAGCUGCUCACAUUUUGUGUGGAACACCACACAUAUCACAUCAAGAACUACAUUAUGAACAAGGACUUGCUGAGACGAGUUUUGGUCUUGAUGAAUUCAAAACACACUUUUUUGGCGCUUUGUGCUCUUCGUUUCAUGAGGAGGAUAAUUGGCCUGAAGGAUGAGUUUUAUAACCGUUAUAUCACCAAAGGAAACCUAUUCGAGCCAGUAAUAAAUGCUCUUUUGGAUAAUGGAACCAGGUACAAUCUUCUGAAUUCGGCAGUGAUUGAACUUUUUGAAUUCAUUCGAGUGGAAGAUAUCAAGUCACUUACUGCACAUAUAGUUGAAAACUUUUAUAAGGCACUUGAAUCCAUUGAAUAUGUUCAGACGUUCAAAGGGUUGAAGACGAAAUACGAGCAAGAAAAGGACAGACAAAGCCAGAAACUGAACAGUGUCCCAUCUAUACUGCGUAGCAACAGGUUUCGAAGAGAUGCCAGGACCUUGGAGGAUGAUGAGGAAAUGUGGUUCAAUGAAGACGAGGAAGAGGAGGGCGAAGCCAUCGUUCCCCCCGGAGAGAAAUCCAAGGCGGAGGAUGAUUUCCCAGAGAGUUAUGAGAAGUUCAUGGAAACAAAAAAAGCAAAAGAGAGUGAAGAUAAAGAGAAUCUCCCCAAAAGGACUUCAGCGGGUGGCUUCAAAUUCACUUUUUCCCAUUCUGCCAGUGCAACAAAUGGAGCGAACAGUACAAACAGUAAAUCUGUAGCAGCUCAGACAUCACCAGCAAGUUCAAAUGGUUCCUCUUCUAAGAAUGCCAAUUUGACUGCAGCCGUCACAGCCACAAAGGGAAGUCUAGUUGGCCUUGUGGAUUACCCUGAUGACGAGGAAGAAGACGAAGAGGAGGAAACGUCCCCAAGAAAAAGACCUCGCCUUGGCUCUUAAAAUCCUGAAACAAACUAACUGAGGGUGCUUAAAUGCUGUGACUGAACUAAAUAGUCUGACUCAGAAAGCUUUCUCCCUGGAAAAUACAUGAGAAUACAAGGAGUAGCAAAAGAAAACUCGACUAGAAGGGUUUAGUUCUGAGAACAUCAGGCUCCAAAGAAUCUAAUCUCUUUCUAGCCAACGAGAGUCUGCCAUUCAGGCUGUUAAAUAUUAAACUGAAACGGUGGGUUCGUCAUCCGCACCUCGAUGACAGCUUGCCCGCGAAAGGAUCAUCUCUGGUUCUGUGAAGGGAUGGGGAUGGGAUAAGUAACUUUUUUGAUAUUGCAGGGUUUGCCCAGUUUGUAUUCAAGCUAGAAGAAAAAAAUUGUAAGGCUUCAGUUGCAAACCUAAUAACCUAACUUUGUAAUGGUGCUGUCCAUUGUGGGGAGGGGUUUAAAGCAAUCGCCUCUUAAAUGAUUCAUUUUCUUUACAUAAAAAGUAAUAAUUCAGGCCUCGGGGACCACUGUUUGCACAGGCAGCCAAAUUAUAGAGUAUUCCUGCUCUUUAGUGCAUGUCGAGUGGUGAAUUUAUUUCCCCCCCCCCCCCAAUUCUGUAUUUUGGAAGGAGGAAAGCUGAGUUUGAAAUGGAAGAUGAGUAUUAGCUGUCUAGAAAAACCAAUACAAAAAAACAUUCACUCAGAUUUUUUUAAUUAAAAAACCCAUCAAUAAACCCUAGUUCUUGAAAUGGCAUUUGAGGCGCAACUACUAAUAAUGUUUUAUGGAAGCCAAGGCAAACGGAGUUACUCCAUGCGACGUUUGGAAGAGUAACGGCCGCCGCCGUGUUGGGAAAUGCUGCCCGAAGGUUUUGAACCCUACGGAUUUGGGGGUGCAGUAGUUUUUGAGUAGUGACCGAUUUGGAGGCAGAGUCGGCAUGCAGCACCUUGAACCUAGAGGGUUUUUAGUACGAAGGCUGCUUCUUAACACAUUCCAUGUAUUUAAGCAAAUUUCAAAAAAAGACAACACACACUUAGGUGAAUUGAUGGAGUCAACCAUUUUUGAGACCUUUUUAUUUUUCCGAGCAAGUGAACUGUAAAUAUUUUACUGUUAGUUUGGCCAUAUAUGAUCUGAGAUCAUGCAGAAUUAAUUCCCCAAACUACAAAUUGUGUUGAAAUAUUUGAACAAUGAAACCAGCAGCAAUCCAUCACUAUAGAUCACUCUUGCGAUGUGUCAUGGGUCCAUUUCUCCUGGAACAGUGCUGACAGUUUCCGUUUUGGAGAUUUUGUAGUUAAUUUUAAUUUUAGCUAUCGUUUGCAAAAGAUGGGCUGUCUGUGUAGAUAUGAAGUAUAGUUUUUCCAUGAAACAGAAGUUUAUUUUGUAUUGAGAAGAAGAAAAAAAAAAACCACUGUACUUGUUUUACACCAUUUGUAUACAUGUGGUAAUAUUAAUGAACUGUAAAAUUCAGGAAUUAAAAUGUGACCCUGUAAUUCCAUAAUUAUUGGUUUUGUUUGGUUUGUUGUAAAUGGUAAGUUAAUUCAGAUUUUUGAAACGUGGCCAUUUUAGAGGAUUUUAAUGAGAAUAGUUAUUUGUACAAUUUAAUCAGUAAAUGCUACUGAAUCAAAUCUGGCAGGGGGGGAAGCAAAUUCUAGAUUUGGUUCAGUGUGCCGUGAUGACUGACCGUUAAUGUGGCCUGACGACCACCUCUCUUGCCCUCUGGGGGCUCCAGGCAACCAAGAAUGGGGCUUCCUUCUCGCUUCAGCCGAGUCCCUUGUUUGAAGGAAAAUCUGGGGAAGUCCUUUGGCUGGUUCAAUGGAGUUACUAGGUAGACUUGCUGUCAAACAUCCGCCAUCCAUUUGCUCUUAGCAGGUCUUCCCCUUCACUUUUACAGAGGGAAAGUUUUCCCCGAAACCUGUAUAAUUUUCUUAAGAAAACUAUAUGUGACCCAUUUCCCUUCAGAAAGAAAUUCACCAAUCCUCUCUCCAGCUUUCUAUCAGUCACUGAAAAAGUCCCAAAGCACAAUUGGAUCUUCCACCCAUUUCAAAGACUGUUGGGAACAUUCAGAUACAUGCAGACGUAAUCAAGAAAGCAAAAUUAAUAAUUCCUUUUUAUAGUUUAAUAUAAACAAAACAAUGACCCUCCAACCAAUAUUGGAAUCAUUUGAAGAGCUGUGGAAGGUGCACUUAGCUCCUCCCUUCCGAGUCCCACCGUCUGCCUCAGGUGCAUUUGUCCUCCCGCUCCCCGACUCCUUUUCAGUACUUUUCUGCCACAGGACAGCCCACAUUUCAAAUGCCUGGGGCCCUUCAACUGAUUUUUUAAAGAGAAAGAUUGCAUCUGCCAACAUGUCUCAGUUAAAUACUAUUUUAAUAAAAAGUUAAAUGAAAA